AUGAGGUUCUUCCAUGGUGACAGUCCUUCUCGUCAAUAUGAAGCUGGCCAACAGAAGGGUGGGAAUUUCUACUGUGCCAUCUGUGGUGCCAAUGCUCAUCGGGUGUAUGAACUUGAUUAUGUGUUUCGUUGCCCACACGUAUCAUUGGAGGAUCGACAGCAGUUGGUGUUUAAAGGCCCAUGCGGUGCAGCAAAUUCUUUGGCAAAGUCAAAUAAACCUUUCCAUGGAUUAACAAAACCCAACUUGAUCAGGGAGUUGAAUGCCAGAUCAAUCUACGAAGGAAAAAAGAAGAAAGAACUAGAAGAUCUCUUGAGGGAUGAACUGCAUGGAGUUCAAAGAGUGCCAGCCCUACUAUUUACCAGUCCCAACAAAACCUUAGGGUCAAUUAACUGUGCUAGUUAUGAGAUUCUAGGUUUUGAACCCCUCCACGACAUUGGGAAGCACAUCGAAAAUCUAUUUUGUGAGCUACCAGACCAUCUGCCACCCAAUGAAGCUUCUAAGUUGAAGGCUGUUCUUGAAUUGAGCAUUGGGGGGAAAGAAACGAAACGAACCUUUGAUUACCGCUGUGCUUUGAUUGUUGUUUCCAAUCAGCUUCGAGGCUCAGUUAAUCCAAAGGUUCAAUCAUUGCUUGACACCCUUGUAGAAAUUCAAGAAAUAGCCUACAACUCAGAAGCCAAGAGAACACCACGAGCAGUUCUGAGACUCCAUAACCUUACCUUUCAUCAUGCAAUGUUGUGCAGGUCAGUUAUCGGAUUUUCCCUGAAGCAAAUGUCAACUCGGAAGUUUUAUGGUAACUACUUCCACAACAUUACAGCACAUGCACCAAUCCAGAACAGAUUAAUAAGCGGCCGAUCUACAAACACAGAAGAACAGGAAAGAGUAUUUAAUAGUAUUAACAAUAUAACCCGAAUGACAUCAUCUAACCAUCCUGACCACAUCAUUGGUAAUGUCUUUAUCCGAGUCCAGGCUGAAAAGAAAUUGAAAGCUGAACAACCUUCAACCUCCGACACACAAGAAGCUCAUGUUUCCAAACUUGCAUCUUCUCUACCAAAUUUUGGAAACACUGUUAUUUCUAAACAGAUGCUAGCAAGGAAUUACAGAUCUUGGCAAGUUCAUCUUGAAAGGAUCUGUGAUUUCUUAUUAGCAGGUGAAGGAAUUUGGUGGAGAACAUGCAACAAUGGUGACAUUGAGUUUUUUGAUGCAAAGGGAAAUCCUGAAGCAGUUCCUAAAGGACCAACUUUGCAUCAUUUUCGCUCCAGCAACUUCAAGAAAGAAGAGGCUUAUUUGAAAUGCUGUUGGCAAACCUGCUUGGAGAAAAAAAUAAAAAUGCCUAUAAAAGUACUUCAGGUGGAAAAUUCUGAUGGUAAUAUGGAGACUGUCAUGUGUACAACAAAUCAGGAGGAUGAGGAAAGUAUGAAAAUUGGAUGUGCAGAUGUCGGUGCUGUGGAUGAGAUUGAAGGUAGUUGUGAUGUUGUGGUUGAUUGUGAUGUUGUGGUUGAUUGUGAUGCUGUGGUUGGUUGUGAUGCUGUGGUUGCUUGUGAUGCUGUGGUUGAUUGUGAUGCUGAGGAACACUCUGAUGCUGCAGCUGGUUGUGAUGUUGUAGUUGGUUGUGUUGACAUUGUUCAAACUAGUGGUGAGGGGGAGAAAGCAGAUGAUUGUAAUGGAAGUGGUGAGCAAUAUACUGUUGGACGUAAUGUAAGGUUAGUUGAAGUUUCUGAAGAAAAUGUUGCUUGUCUUGAGAUUAAUUGUCAGGAGGAAGCCGAUGAAAAUUCUGAAGCUGGUACCAUGCAAACCACAAAUACAGAUAAAGAGAGAAAAACAGAAACACACCAAGGCCAAAAGCUGGGUUUUAUCUUAGGACUGACCGAUGAGGUGAUUCAGUUUGACAGAGCAAGAAAAAGAUUGAGGGCUUCUCCAAAUAACAAGACACUAAUAGACACAUACACAGACAUCUUACCAGUCAUGGAAUCCAAAAUAUCUCAGCAACAAACCAACAUCAAAGAACAUUUAAAGAAAAUAGAGCAUCAAUACUUCGAGAAAACUGGUAAACUACUAACAUCAAAACAGUUGAUGAAAGAUCCAACAUCCAAACUGCUAAUGGCCAAAAUGAAAUACUGCAAAGCCCUGGUGUAUCAGUGGCAGCUGGAAAAGAAAUAA